UUGCGCCGUCGACCGGACAGACUCCCAACCUCUACAGCAUCCGGACCAGAUCCCUUUAGACAUAUUGGCGCCGAAAUCCUACGCGAUACUCAGCAGGUUCAAUAGUCGUCUCUGGGCAGGCCAUUCUUUCUCCCCCCGCAUUUUUCGUCCGGGCUACUCUCGCAAGCACUGUUUCCCAGGUGAUUGUUAUAAUAUAGCUCAAUAUGUCUCCGACACCCCCAUCCACAACCUCGUCGAGCGCUGGCGCAUUUUCCCCGGAAGGACAAUUCAGAGUCAUCAGAAAGAGAAAUCGAGUUCCCCUCUCAUGUGCGCCAUGUCGGCAUCGAAAGCUGAAAUGCAACCGUGCCCAUCCCUGCGAAAACUGCAUCAAGCGUGGUGAUGCGAUUUCGUGCUCAUACGCCCAAGCAAAUGUGCGAAAAAAGAAUGUGUCGCAGCCGUCAGCUGCGAGCUCUCCAGAUGAUAUGCAGAAUAGGAUCGAUCGACUUGAGAGCCUCGUCCUAUCGCUUAUGACUAAUGGUUCCCAGUCUGCAGGCCCCGCAGCGGCCAUGGCUGCGAUUUCCGGCAAUAGCAGCAGCACGGGGUCUGUACCGAACACGGUCGAUAUAGAUGUGGAAGAUGAAACCCCUGGCGGCCCUGAGGACAGUGAUACCGAGCAGGUCACCAAGUCGUUUGGAAUCAUGAAGUUUGACAACAACAAGUCCUAUUAUAUCAGUGAGGUACAUUGGGCAUCGGUCCUCAGCGAUAUUGCGGAAGUGCGAAAUUAUUUCUCCACUCACAAGAAGCAAUACGAGGAGCAGACGGAGAAGCUGAAGACAACCCAACUCCCGACUGACGUCCAAGGUUCCGCUCUACUCUUUGGGGCAAUGAAACCCGCGACUCGGGCGGAAAUUAUGUCUUCUUUCCCGUCUAAAUAUACGACCGAUAUGCUGAUCGCGCGCUAUUUCAGCUGCUAUGACCCAUCAACACACAUUCUUCAUGGGCCCACUUUUCAGACGCAGUACAACAAACAUUGGGAAGAUCCUUCCCAGACUUGCACGAUAUGGAUUGGCAUGCUGUUUGCCAUGAUGCGAUUAGCCAUGCUCUCGUACCAUCGCAAUGGAGACGAACCCCCGGAAUUUCGGGGCAAGUCCCUGGACAUGGCUGGAACUUUCAGAAACCUCGUAGCCCAAUGUCUUACGCUGGCCGACUAUACCAAACCAUAUCCGUACGUCAUUGAGAGUUUGAUCUUUCACCUUCAUGGUGACUUCUGUCAAACCAGGGAAGCAGAUGUGUCGGUGUGGGUUCUCGUGGGAGUGAUCGCGCGCUUGGCUAUGAGGAUGGGCUACCAUCGUGACUCCAAGAUGUUCCCCAAUAUUACACCGUUUCAAGGAGAAAUGCGGCGUCGCGUGUGGACCUUCGUACGGCAGGCGGACCUGUUGUUCUCCUCUCAAGUGGGGUUGCCCAGCAUGAUCCGUUCCACUGACAGUGAUACUGAGCUCCCUCGAAAUUUGUACGAUGACGACUUUGAUGAGAAUUGUCAAGAACUUCCGCCUUCCCGUCCCGCAAAUGAACCGACGCCGAUAUCGUUCUUGAUUGCUAAAGCGCGGCUGACGUACACUUUCGGCCAUGUCAGCGAGCAUACUUCACGUUGUCAGACUGCAACGUCUUAUGACAAGGUGAUGGAGCUUGAUGCGGAGCUUCGUCAAGCUCGCGAUCUGAUCCCGGAGCACCUACUCGUGCGUCCUAUCGAAGAUUGCCCAUUGGACUCUCCAAACUUGAUCAUGUCACGAUUUGCGGUUGCGAGCGUGUAUCACAAAGCACAAUGCGUGCUUCAUCGACAAUACCUUGUACGAGCACGUGAGAACCCUCGAUUUAGUUACUCGAGGCGGACCUGCCUGGACUCUGCAAUGGAGCUGUUGCGAUUUCAGUCCAUGCUUCAUGACGAGACUCGGCCCACAGGUCGUCUACGCAGCAGAUACAACAAGCUAACCUCACUUGGCUCUUCCGACUAUUUGCUCGCUGCAACCAUUCUUUGCCUUGAUCUUUAUCAUGGACAGCAACUCCAGGCAUCGGGUCGAACCUCUAGUGAUCCUUAUUCCUGGACUAAGGAACGUCGGGAUGAGAUGGUAGCUGCGCUUCAACGAACCCGAGAAAUCUGGGACGAGCUUCGUGAUGAGACUAUCGAUGCAUGGAAAGCUGCCGGAGCUCUGGGAGUAAUGCUUGCCAAGCUGAAUUUGGGAUUUUCAGAAAGUAAUACCGCGUCUGCAUCGGCGUUUGAGCCACAGGAUGAGAAACAAAGCGCCGCAAUGACAUUGGGGCUCCUGAGCAGUGGAAUGAGUCCCAUGGCUUCGAGCCAAUCGACGCUCAACGACCCUGCAUACAAGAUGGCAGACACGCAAAUGCCCAUGCAAGGUGGCUUUGCAAACGCGGCAGAGAUUCCGGGGGCACCUUCACCGUUCAGCGCGAUGUUUGGGCAGGUGCCCGACAUGCAGUUGAACCUGGACUGGGACGCUUGGGAUACCUAUAUUCAGAGUUCGGCAAUGGAUAUACCUUCACAAUGGUGGCCAUCGGGAGACAUGCAACAGCAACAACCGGGUCAAAGUCCCCUGUCUUCAGCACAAUUGCCAGCCACACAAAACAGCGGCCCUGACCGCAUGCGUUCUAUGCCUCGUGGCCCGAACAUAUUCUCCCCUGAUGCUAACAGCUACGAGGGCAGCAAUGUUGCCAUGUCGACGGCAGGCUAUCCUGUCAACCCAUCCUCUCUCAACAACCCAAGUAGCGGUCCGGGAACCUAAGCAACGAUGUUGUUCAAGUUCUUUCGUGUCUGCCUUUCUAGGAUCUGACUACAUUCAAUGAAUCAAAAGUUGGUCGGGAAUCUGGAUUUCAUUUUAUGUGGAUUGUAUUUGUGUCGUGCUACAAAGCUCUGCAGGACUA